AUGGAUUUUUGGUCUCGUUUAAUCGGCGGAUCCCGUUCGCUAUCUACCAAGACGUACCGGGCAAGCUCUCCUACUGAGCGAUUGGCGGCAUUCAAGCGGACUUGUAAUACUUUGCAACAAAUCUGGCGCUCCACCAACUCGCCGUCGGGAGAUCAGUCUGCGACAACCCAUGCGCGCAACUGCAUUGACCGACUAAAUUCCGUCCUCAGCGAUGAAUCCCGAGGCCCGGCUCCUCAUCCGUGUUUAGCAUAUGCUGCAUCUUCUCAGAUCUUCGUGACUGUCACCAAACUCGCGCUGUCUUCUUACGACGAUGGAAUGCUCCGUUCCGCCGCUGUCUUCUUCAAUACCUUGAUCGAUUCGGAGGUGGAUGGAGUAGUGGAUAACCGGCUAUUCGCGCGGGCGCUGGUGGAUCUCGUCCGACGUGCAGACAAACACACAGAAGAUGUGGAAGGAAGGCUUGUCGAGCUGCUGUUUGGUGUCGCCAAUAAUAUCCGUCUGCAACCUGAUAUUCUCCCUGCGUGGUUUGCUCCGAGGUCCGAAGACCAAGACCGUGAGCAACAAACCAAUACUGGCGCUGAGUUCGCGGGUGCGACUCGGAAGGAUGACUUCCCACUGUUCUACUUGUUAGUGGAAUAUGUUCACCACGGGGGCCGUGCGGGUGAUUUUGCUCGGACCGGUCUUCUUUAUCUGAUAGAGACAGCCUCUCGCUCAAAGAACCUAGAGAGAUGGUUAAUUGAGAGCGAUCUAGCCACAUUAAUGGCAACGGGGCUAGGUGCGUUGUAUAGUCAGCUAGGAAACCUGUCCUUCGAUGAAACCCCCGACGAGAAGAUGCCCCACAUUGUUGCGCUAUCUGAUCAUGCGAAACAAGAGACUGCUCUUCCCCCUGCACUGGGGGCAACUGUAGACUCUUUCAUGUCGUACCUAUUGUUUUGGCAGGAUACUAUUGAUCACUGCAAAUCAGCAGAAGUCAACGGCACAUUACUAGAUCACUUUCAGGUCUUGUUUCUCGAACAACUUCUAUACCCAUCACUGCUCGAGUCCUCGGAUGUCGAAGGUGGUUCUACCGCUGCCGUGCUUACCUAUUUGAAUCGCAUUCUGGAGUCGAUUAACCAGGAUGAUCUGGUACAUCGAAUUCUCCACUUCUUACUAGCCUCACCUUCCGACAUGGAAACGUCACCUACUUUGAAAGUGAACAUGUCAGUAAGCCGGCGGAAGUCUUUGGACGUUUUAGCUGCUUUCUCGGAGGAAGCUGCGAAACCGUCGCCUUCACUAUUUAACCUAAGAGACCUUGCUCUCCUAGGGCUGCAGUCUGCCAAUCGGCAAACUGUUUUGGCAACGCUACGGCUAAUGGCGGUCAUCCUCCAACGGCAUCAUACCUUUGCCCGGUCAUUGAUCCGAACGGUUCCUGGUCAAUAUGCCGGGCAACGAACUGUGGGGCAAUUGAAUGCAGAGCUGGAGCAGCUUACAGGAAUGGCCACGUCGAUUGUGGAUGACCCCACGCUAAAUGAGUCCUUUGAGGACUACCUCAAGGAUGCUUCAUUAAUCUUAGAAUCUCACUUGUAUAUCCCACCGGCUGAAACUGGCCUGGAAGAUGACCGCCCACUGGAGAUUCGCCAAGAGGACCCUAUUGUCCAGGAACUGCUGAAUUGUGUCGAGACAUUCUUUACGAAUAGCGUCAUCGUCAACCUAGCAUUAACGGAGGUUCUCAUGAGUAUCGCAUCUUCACACCUUAUAUCGCUUGACAGCUGGCUCCUUGUGGACCCAUCUAAAUACGUAUACGAUGAUCAGACUAUAACCCAGGAUGGACCUAUGGAAAUCUUAGACCAAAUAAAGCUAGCCUAUCAAGAGCCCUCGUUGUCGAGUUCUGAGACACCAACGCUCACAUCCGCACUGCAAAGACUUGUGCAGAGAAUCCAGCAAUGGCGGAAGGAUGUGCCGGAUUUUGACAUUCUAGUUGCAGCUCGGCGGGACCUACUCCAUCAGGAUGAUCCUGCUAAAGACACUGGCCGCCUUCAGCAACCAUUCGAAGUACCAACGCGUCUUCCUUCUGAACGGCGACCACUGAAGAUGCCCUUAGACUCCGACAUUGGGUCACCUCGAGGGAGGUCCUCACUUGUGCAAGAUUCCCCGGGCACACCAGCUUCCCGACAGGCCGCCGUGGGCUCACCGCUUCGUGGAUCUUCAGUUCGCUCUCCCGACUCUCGUGAGUCCUCCUCGCCUCGAACGACGGCAGCGGAGGAGCUUCGAAAGCGACUAGCGAAGCCAUUCCAAGUGGACCAUCCGCACAAAGCAACAGUGGCUGGUGAAGAACCCGAGCCGGCAGCAAAUGCAGUGGCAGAAGGAGAGGCCGAAAGUGCGAUUGCUGAUGAGGAGCCGCGGUCAGCGACCCUCGGCCAUGUUUUAACCAACGUGGUCAUACUGUACGAAUUUCUCCUGGAAGUUUCUGCCACAGUGCAAGCGCGAAGCACCUUAUUUGGAGAAGCGGGAUACCCCGGAGUAGGCUGGAGUGACCCGCUGGAUGAGUAG